CGUGUACUAUAUAAAGUCCCUUCCUGGUCCAAAGGUGCAGUACAAGUUGCGAUCUUUUGCAGCACGGAGAGAGGAAGAGGGGCGAUUCACAUCGUAUCGUAGUUUUCCACCCUGUAGCUCCCGGUUUUGUCCUCCGCCGUCGGCGUCGUGCCUGGCCAAAUUUGUUUUCGGCGCCUCUACGACGUCGCCGGAAGUUGACGGAGAGAGCGUUGCCGCCAUAUCUUUUGGAGGUUCGAAAGCAGCGAUGGCGUACGCCGGCAAGUAUGCAGAUGAGCUCAUCGCCACCGCGAAGAAGAUCGCAACACCUGGGCGAGGUAUUCUCGCAGCUGAUGAGAGUACGGGCACCAUUGGCAAGAGACUGGCCAGUAUUAAUGUGGAGAAUGUGGAGUCUAACAGGCGGGCUCUGAGGGAGCUGCUUUUCACCGCCCCCGGUGCCAUGGAAUACAUCAGCGGUGUGAUUUUGUUCGAGGAGACGUUGUUCCAAAAGGCCUCCGACGGGAGGUCUUUCGUCGACGUGCUGAAGGAAGCCGGCGUUGUCCCGGGUAUCAAGGUGGACACUGGCGUUGCUGCUCUGGCGGGAACCUGCGGCGAGACMACCACYCAGGGGCAYGAYGGCCUGGGYGCCAGGUGUGCUAAGUACUAUCAGGCUGGUGCUCGAUUCGCCAAGUGGCGCGCAGUGCUGAAGAUCGCUGAUGGGUGUCCGUCCCCUCUGGCCAUCCAGUCCAACGCCGAAGGCUUGGCCAGAUACGCGUCCAUCUGUCAGGAGAACGGACUUGUGCCCAUCGUCGAACCCGAGAUCUUGAUCGACGGGUCGCAUGAUAUCGAGCGGAGCGCCGCCGUCACUGAGAAGGUCCUGGCGGCUGUGUACAAAUCUCUGAGCGACCACCAUGUGCUCCUCGAGGGUACCCUUCUCAAGCCCAAUAUGGUGACCCCUGGAUCGGAUGCCACGAAGGUCGCCCCGGAGGUGGUCGGUAAGUACACCGUCCGAACGCUUCAGAGGACCGUUCCCGCUGCCGUGCCGGGCAUCAUGUUCCUCUCAGGCGGGCAGAGCGAGGAGGAGGCGACUCUCAACCUUAAUGCCAUGAACGCGUUGGAUGCCAAGAAGCCCUGGACUCUGUCGUUCUCUUACGGGAGAGCUCUGCAGGCCAGUACCCUCAAGGCAUGGAGAGGCAAGGUCGAGAACGUGCCCGCCGCUCAACAGACUUUCUAUGUCCGUGCCAAGGCCAAUGGAGAGGCUACACUUGGCAAGUACGGUGGCGCCCCUGCUGUCGAGGGUGCUUCUGAGAGUCUUCAUGUCAAGGAUUACAAGUACUAAAUUGCAGAGGGAUUUUUGUCUUUGGAGAUGCCGAUGAUGAUCCCCUUUUUUUUUUUUUUUUUUGCUUUUUCCUUCCGUUCAGAGCACAGUGGGGAUGAGCCCUUUGUUUUUUCAUUUUUGUAAUGAGCCCAUUUCUGAGAAGCGGAACGAUAGGUGAUUUUUUUAACUUUUAGUUUCCUUAUCCCUUCCAGACGAGUUUCACAGGCAGGCGAGUAGUAAAUGGAUAAGUGGCUUUAUAGGGGGGACUUGGGAUUGAAUGUAGGUAGGUAGCAGUCAGUUAGGUCACGCAAGUGGAGCUGGAGUGUUUGUGUUUCUCCCCUCGUGCUGUAGUGUUUUUUUUUUUUUGAAGAGUCGAGUAUGACUACAACGC